AUGGCAAUAUCCAAAUCGCUGCAAUUUGGCAGCAAUGUCGUUGGCCGGCGGUAUACCGGUAUCAUUGGGUUUGGUGGAUAUGUGAUCUUGGGCUUCAUUAUCGGUGGCACUUAUUCACAAUUGUCAGAACAUAUUGCCGCCUUUGUUGUUCUCUACGGCCUACUGCAAGCCUUUGGUCACAUGGGCCCCGGGGUAACCAUCGGCCUAAUCAGUUCUGAAGCAUUUCCAACUGCUAUGAGGGGAAUGGGCUACAGUGUUUCCACUGCUUUUGGUCGAACCGGAGCCGCCAUAGGGACUGAAUGUUUUACUCCGCUGGAACAGGCUGCAGGCAAAAGUUCCAUAUUCUAUCUUGCUGGUGGUGUUGGUGUUCUUGGUAUGAUUGUGUAUUGGUUUCUGCCUGAGAGUGGAGAUCUCAACCUGGAGGAAGAGGAUGUAAAAUUGGCCGCGUAUAUGGCUGAGCAUGGGUAUUCAAUGAAUACUGAAAUCUGA